AACAUGGCGGGUGUUCGCGAACUUUCAUACCUUUCUCUGACAGCCUUUUUCACAGUCGUUUUAAUAAUUAUCGCAAGAACUGUGAUGUAUUCUCAUCAGCCAACAGCUGCCUACCCAUGCAAACCAAGUGAUCUAGAUUAUAUCAAUGUAGACGAGGACGUGAAGAGAAGGUUUCAAACUGCGCUUUCUUUCCAAACGGUUUCCUGGAAUGUUGGAAAUUACAAUCGAGAAGAGUUACACAAUUUCCUUCAGUUUAUUCUGAAAGAGUUUUCAGAUGUGUUUAGCCAUUCCCUUGUUGAACACAAAAUUAUUGGAAAUUACAGUUUGCUUGUUUCCGUAAAAGGAAGUAACACAUUGCUAAAGCCCUAUCUGAUUGCUGGUCACUUUGAUGUAGUACCUGCCACCAAUGAAUCAUGGGAAGUACCCCCCUUUGAAGGGCGUGUUCAAGAUGGGUACUUCUGGGGAAGAGGAACUUUGGAUCACAAAAAUGGAGUCAUGGGCUCCCUGGAGGCUCUCAAAUUUCUUCUCAAACAAGGCCACCAACCACAGCGCAGCUUUUUCUUAGCUUUUGGACAUGAUGAAGAGGUCCUAGGAAUCGAUGGAGCAAAGCAAAUUGCAGCAUAUUUAAAAUCUCAAGGAGUGAAGCUGGAAUUUUUAGUCGAUGAGGGAACAGUCAUUGUUAAAGAUGCUUUUCCAGGUCUAAAGAAGUCAUAUGCUUUAAUUGGAGUAGCAGAAAAAGGCUACAUAACACUAGAACUAAGUGUGCAAACUUCAGCUGGGCAUUCGUCAAUGCCACCUAGGGAGAGCAGUAUUGGAAUCCUGUCAAAUGCUGUUGCAAAAUUAGAGGCCUGUCCCAUUCCUGCUGUAUUUGAUUCCACUGGUCCAGUAAGGGAAAUGUUUGAAAAUUUUGCCCCUCAGGUUCCAGUCUAUCUGAGGGCUAUCUUGGCAAACCUGUGGCUUUUCAGCCCAAUUGUUGUCAGAAUCCUUGAGAAGAAACCUACAACAAAUGCUUUCCUUCGGACAACAACUGCUGUAACUCAGUUUAACGCCGGGGUCAAGGCUAACGUGAUACCCUCCUCUGCAAGAGUCACUGUAAACCAUCGGGUUCAUCCGAGUAACACGAUUGAAGAGGUUCUGGAGCAUGACCGUCGCUGUAUUGACGAUGAUCGUGUUAGCAUUCGUGUAAUGCAGUCAGCAAAGCCCUCACCCGUCUCUAGCUGGGAUAUACAUUCAUUUGGAUUCCAGGUUAUUUCUCAAAGCGUGCGGCAAGUUUUCCCAGAAGUUGGCGUAUCGCCAGGACUUAUGAUAGCAAACACAGAUACCAAGUAUUAUCUAGAGCUCACAGAUGCCGUCUACAGAUUUAUGCCAUCAGUUUUGACACCCGAGGACGCCAAAAGAAUCCAUGGGUUUAAUGAAAGAAUUGGAGUCAAGAAUUAUGAAAAGACAAUAAAUUACUUCUAUCACGUGAUGAUUAAUGCAGAUGCAGCAAGUUUAGACACAGAUACUGAACACACCGAACUAUAACAAGCGAGGAAAGAUGACUUCCGAAGACUUCAGGAAGCUUCUGGAACACGAAGCGAAUCCAUGCCGAUGCUAAAUCUGACUUUGUUAACCGAAAAAAAAAUUCAAAUUUUUAAAGAAUGUUUUGAUAUUUAUCGCGAAAAUAUUUUAUCUGCAGGUACAACGUCCUACAAGUUUUCUUACCAUAAUUAAUUAUGUUGAGUACCACCCAUAAAGUAUUUUUUGUAAGGUGGUUUCAGGAACAUCUAUUGGACUAGUGUUCAUGUAGCUAUGGGAUGAAACUCUCAUCUCAGUAGAUCAGGGAGAGGCAACUGCCAUAGCUGUUUCUCUUGGCUCCUGUUUUA